AUGGAGAGGCUCUGUUACGAUGUCGUCUGCGUGGUCGUGGAAGUUGAAGCUGGGAAGCUGGGCCGCUUCUCAGGGUUGCCGGCCAUUGAUGGAGCUCAGUGCUGGGCAGGCUGCCGAGCAGCUUCGCGUAAUGGGGUGCACGGGCCAAGACACUUAAGCCAGCCAGGCAGGCAAGGUACAGCCGCCAGCAAGGCUAUUCAAUACGUCGGGUUCGAUACUGAUAAAUCUGGCGGAGGGCUAGGCCCAGCUACUUCUGCAUACCUAUCCGCGCGGUAUGAAUCACGCCGGGAGAUCACAGACUUCUCGCUCAAGGACUAUCUCAUAGGAAAUACCGAUCUCAACCCAUUUUCACUCCCCGAUGACGAGGAUGCCAUCAGCCCGGAACUUCUGGAGAGGAUUACGAGGGAUCUGAAGCUACAGCCGCUUUUGGAUCUCCCUGUGGCAUUCCUAUCCAACGUUGGUGCGAUGGGCGACAAGGAAACCGUGAUCGAGGGCCUGCGCAAGUACAUCCGAGGUGUGCGGAAGGGCGGCCUGGUUGAGGAUGAGAAGAUGCCGGUGAAGGCUCUCCGAGAUAUGGGCCACACGCUGACCGAGAAUGGCAUCACGGGUUCUGGCCUGGGUGAAGAAGGCGAGGCCUUUGCCAGCGCAAUACAUAUCCCGAGACGACUGACGAUUCGACAAGUCGUAGCAAAUGCCUGGGCCGACACCUUUCUGAUGAAGGCGAAGCUCGAUGAUGCAGCCAGCGCAAAAGUCGAUGCGAGCUUGCGGUGGUUUGAGCCCGAACUGAACCCAGCAUAUAAAAAGACCGUGGCCAGCCAGACAGCUGACGUCUCGUGGGCUAACGACUACGUCUUUGGCGAGAUAUCAUUCAGCGCUCAGCGCGUUUUGCUGUUCAUUCGAUCGAUGAUCAAGAACCCAGACAUUGUCGUCCUCGAUGAGGCCUUCAGCGGAAUGGACGAGGGUGUACGAGACAAGUGCAUGCUAUUCCUUGCCCACGGAGAGGCAAAGACGUAUGCGCCUGCCAAGGGGCAGCUCGUGGUCGACAGUGAGCAAGCGAAAUCCGGCAGUUUGAAGGUUCUCGGCCUGUCGGACCGGCAAGCUCUCAUCUGUAUCAGCCACGUCAAGGAGGAGGUUCCCGACACGGUGCGGGAGUGGCUGUGUCUGCCCGAGGCCAACUCUCAGCAGCCGGCGAGAUUUGGACGGCUGGACGGCCCACUGAGGACAGAUGCGAGGAGGUGGAGCGAGAUUUGGAACGUCGGGAGAAUUUAA